AAGAGGAAGAGGAAGCAAACAAGCAAGAAGAAGGCAAGGGCAAAGAGGAAGAUAAACAGGCUUUCCUCUCUGAUGCAUAUGUAUUCAGUGACUAAGUUUCAGCGUGUAUCACGGAUGUAAUAAUUGAUAAUAAUUUUGGUUCAAUUUUGUAAUUUAACUACUUCGUAUGUAUACAACAUUAUAGUCGUGAUCAAUCAUUUGAGCACAUGCAAAUACAUACACUAUAAGUAUACGAAAUAUAGUAGAAAACAAUACGUUUAAAAUCAUAAUAUUGGUUAAGGAAGAAUCUAUUUACAAUGGCAGGUUUUGGGAGAUUUAUAUUAUCCGUCGAUUCAAGAAGCUUUUUAUGCGCAAGAAACUGUUUGGUGAAAAUCUCACAAAAUAAGUCAAAAUAUGCAAAAGUACAAGGGCGAGAAGUUGAACUCCCACCUAAGCCGAAGAAACCAUUGACCACGUUCCUUAUAUACUUACGAACCAUUAGAUCAAAGUUAAGGGAAGAAAACUCUGAUCAGAAAAUGUCUGAAGUAGUAAAAGAAGCUUCCAAAGACUGGGCUAAUUUAGAUCCAGCUCUCAAAAAAGAUUUUGAAGCUCAAUAUGAGCAGAAUUACAAAAAAUAUAUUCUCGACAUGAAACAUUAUCAAGAAUCAUUAACUGACGAACAUAAAUUGUUAUUGCAAAAUCAGAAACAGAAGUCUCUAGAAAAAUCUACUCUAUUGGAUAUAAAACGGAAAAUGGAAUCUUUUAAUAAACCGAGAAGGCCCAUAAACGCAUUUCUUAUGUAUUUGCAUUCAAAGCGUCAUGUUAAAACCGCAGAUAUUUCACUCAAGGAAUGGUUAUCUAUAACAACAAACGAAUGGACCAAAUUGCCAGAUGCAGAAAGGCAUGUAUACGUAAAUGAAGCAAAGAAAUUAAUGGAUCAGUAUAAAGAAAAUCUUAUGAAAUGGGAAGAAGACAUGAUAAGUUUAGGUCAAGUAGACAUUAUAAGACGUAAGAAGUAUAAGAAUUUAUUCGCCAAAACAACAAAAGACAGCUAGAAUUUUACAUGAUCCAUAUUGGUUUUAAUAAAUUAUGUACAAACCUAAAACUGAAUUUAUGUACAUAAUAUUGAAACCUAUAAGGAAUUAUUAAAUUACCAAAUAUUACAAUGAAUAUUUCAUAAUUCAUACCUUUCUCGUAUUACUUAUUUGGCUUUGAAAAACAUUUUUAAAAAAUUCAUACAAAUUACAUUAUUCUUACGUUAAAAUGACCACAAUAAAUAAAUACUGCAUCAUGUACUUAACAUACUAUUGAGCAUUAAUUGGUUACAAUAUGUACACUUUACCUUCUUAUAAAUGAGCAUUAGUUAUACAGAUUUGUUUCUUUGCAUUUAUUUUGCUGAUGGUUUGCUAUGUUUCUUUAAAUAAAUCUAUUAAUGAAAUAUGUAUUUUGUCUAAACAUGAAAAUCCUAUGCAUGUAUAGUCGAUAUAUGACAUGUACUUUUAUUUUCUAUAAAAUUUUUACAAAAUUUA